AUGGUUUAUCUCCCCAUCCAAUUGGGAGAUCACCCGGUGGAAUUUGUUGCAGCCCCCAAUCCACCCACGGCUGAUGACUUGGCAAGGCAGUUGAAUUUCAUCGAGACCUUUGUUGGCUUGAAUUACCCCGGCGACUUGGACGCCAUGGUCAAUCAAGAUGCCAACGCUCGUUGGGAACGAGUCGAGCAGCACAUGGCCACAACGAACCACCUAUUAGCCAACAUACGAGAGGACGUGGCCACCAUGCGAGAGGAUAUUGUCCAGAUACGCCAUCGAGCCGAUCAGACGGACGCUCGAAUCCAGCGCCUCGAGACGGCCACCCUUGGCCUCCUCCAAGUCUUUGGCCCGGCGACACGGCGGCUCCUAGCCGAGUACCAGCACCAGGCCCAGCCAAACCGUCGAGUUCAGCCACACCGAGCCGCUCGAGGCGGCGGCCAACCCAACUAA